AUGGACACUGACGACGAGUUCAUGUCUACUGUCUCUAGUGAGGAUGAUAUGCUCCCGGAUGACAGCGACAAUGACAUCUCUGGUGAUGAUGACUUCGGAUUCGACGACGAGCCAGAUCCGGAUCUCGGCAUCCAGCAAGACAUAGGCCAGAAUAAGAGAGCGCCUUACGAUGUCAGCUUCAGGGUGUACGAGCCGCAGGACAUACAACAGCAGCAAGACGUUCUAAUCGACGAAGUAAACAUGAUUUUGAACAUCUCAAAAGAGGAAUCAGCAAUUCUAUUGCGGCACUUCAGGUGGAACAAAGAGCGUCUCUUGGAGCAGUACAUGGACCACCGGGAGAAGGCUCUUGAGGCUGCUGGUCUCUCCCAAACGACAUCGGCUCCACCAAAGCUGGAAGUGAUACCCGGGUUCUGCUGCGAUAUCUGCUGCGAGGAUGAGGAAGGCCUACAAUCGUUUGCCUUGAAGUGCGGCCACCGCUUCUGCGUCGACUGUUACCGCCAUUAUCUGGGUCAAAAGAUCCGAGAGGAAGGCGAGGCUGCGCGCAUCCAGUGUCCUGCCGAGGGUUGUAACAUCAUCAUCGAUGCUAGAUCAUUGGACCUGCUCGUAACCGCCGAGCUGACGGAACGAUACCACAAACUGCUCAACCGCACCUAUGUCGAAGACAAGGAAACGCUAAAGUGGUGUCCCGCCCCUGACUGCCAGAACGCCAUCGAGUGUGGCAUCAAGAAGAAGGACCUGACGAGGAUCGUGCCCACGGUCGCUUGCUCGUGCAGCCAUCGGUUUUGCUUUGGGUGCAUCCUGAACGAUCACCAACCUGCCCCUUGCGAGUUGGUAAAGAAGUGGCUCAAGAAAUGUGCCGAUGACAGCGAGACGGCGAAUUGGAUUUCGGCCAACACCAAGGAGUGUCCCAAAUGCAAUAGCACCAUCGAAAAAAACGGAGGUUGCAACCACAUGACGUGUCGUAAGUGCAAGCAUGAGUUUUGUUGGAUGUGCAUGGGUCUGUGGUCGGAGCAUGGGACGAGCUGGUACAAUUGCAACAGGUUUGAGGAAAAGAGCGGGACGGAUGCCCGUGAUGCCCAGGCCAAAUCCAGGGUUUCUCUGGAGCGUUAUCUCCAUUACUACAACCGCUACGCCAACCACGAACAGUCUGCCCGCCUGGACAAGGACCUUUUUGCGAAGACGGAGAAGAAGAUGGUUCAGCUGCAAAAGGAAUCGGGCAUGUCGUGGAUCGAGGUUCAAUAUCUCAGCGCAGCCUCGAUGGCACUGCAGACCUGCCGACAGACGCUCAUGUGGACGUACGCUUUUGCCUUUUAUCUUGCCAGGAACAACUUGACAACGAUUUUUGAGGACAAUCAAAAGGACUUGGAGUUGGCGGUCGAGUCUCUUUCCGAGAUGUUUGAGAAGCCCGUAACUGAGCUUGCGGAUAGCAGGCUCAAGGUGGACAUCAUGGACAAGACAUCCUACUGCAACAAGCGGCGGAUCAUCUUGCUUGACGACACGGCCCGGAAUUUGUCAGAAGGGAAAUGGAUCUUCAAUGUGGAAUUCAGCAAUCCGACGCCAAUCAGCGGGCCAAGCUCCCGUAAGUAG